GACAAGCCGGCCGGCAUGAAUUUGCUAGCGAAAUCGCACAUGACCUUCGGAAAAGUUUACGACGCAACUUAUCCGCGACGCGUUACGGUCGGUCAUUUCUUUUCCGCCGACGAUUGUAGUUUAAAUGCGAAUCUUGAUCCGCUAAGUAUACGUACAUACAUCCCUGGCGACUGGCUCCUAUACAAUCACAUUUGGAAUCCAAUCUCUAUAUCGCUAUCAACGGCAGAUAGGCUUCAGUACAACUUCUUCCCGAUAGCAUCUGGGCAGCUACAAUUCCGAGUAAGAGCGCCGCACGAUGCUCACAUCGCUCUAACAACGGGACCCCAAGAGGGUGAACCCAUGUACGAGGUUUUCCUCGGAGGAUGGUCUAACUCGAAAUCUGUCAUCCGUAAAAAUAGGUCAAAGCCUGAUGUCGCCGAGGUUGAUACUCCGGGAAUUCUAACUGGUAGUGACUUCCGCGGUUUCUGGAUCAGAUGGUACAAUGGUACCAUCGAUGUUGGAAAGGAAGGUGAACCAUCUCCAAUCUUAUCGUACCACGAUCCACAACCGUUUGGAAUCGGUUACUUUGGCGUUUGUACUGGUUGGGGAGCUACCGGUGAAUGGGUUAUCGAAGGUCGCAGUCCCCUGAAAACGGGUGAUCAGCUAAAGUACAAUUACUAUCCCGUGAGAAAUGGCAAUGUAAUGAUAGAGGUCAACGCGGUGAGCAACGCCCACAUCGCCCUAACUCAAGGAAAGAACGAAACGACUCCGAUGUACGAAGUACUGUUGGGUGGAUGGAACAACAUGGCAUCUGUUAUCAGAUACGAUCGCAAACAGCCCGACAAGGUUCGAGUAGAUACACCUAAUCUCCUAUCAGCGAACGAACGCAAGAGAUUUUCCAUCUCUUGGUUCGCCGGACAUAUCGUGGUUCGUGUUGGAAAUGAAAAUGGGCCUGUGCUCAUGGAGUGGCAUGAUCCAAACCCCAUCGGCAUCAGCUAUAUUGGCGUGCGUACUGCUUGGGGUGCAACUGGAAAAUGGAUCAUUCGAUUUGACCGGCCAGGACCGGUAGUACUGCCGUCUACUCAUGCACAGCCCAUAAAGCCUACAGAGCCUUCAAAGAGUUUAUACCCAGACCUACGGAAAUAUGCUGCCCCUCCGUCCGCUCCCGCUGCGUACUCUUAUCAGCCCAGCGGGACAUGUUGGGUUGAUGCUGCCGGUGGACAAGUUCCUCCCGGUGCCCUCGCUGGAGGUCAAGAUGGAGGAGAGCCUCUUUUCGUAGCAAGAGCUCAACAUCAAGGAGCCCUGAUCCCUGGCAAGCUUAAGCCAAGUCACAACGUCUGUUAUAUCGCAUGGGGAGGACAAGAACAUGGCAAGCCCGAAUACCAGGUGCUUUGCGGCAGUAGCGGUUCGUGGAUACCAAUAAGCGGUGGCAAUGUUCCUCCCAAUGCAGUUCCAGCUGGAGAAUCCGAAGACGGAGAGCCACUUUUUGUUGGGCGAGUGAACCAUGAAGGAACCUUGACUAUUGGAAAGGUUCAGGCUUCACACGGCGUUUUGUACAUUCCUUUUGGAGGAGUCGAAGUCGCUUUCCCCAACUACGAAAUUUUGGUCCAGUAACAUCUUUUCUGAAGCCAGUCGAUCCAAUUCGAUUACUUUUUUUUUUGUUUUCCUAAUUGUUACCUUUUCCUUUUCGCACAUUGAAGAUUCGCAUUUUAUGAAAAUAGUGAAAUAAAUCUUAUUUCAUUUUUAUUUUAUUUCAAUGGCGUAGUUGCGCGACUGACAAAGAUAAUAAAGGAAUAAAACUUUGCAACACCGUUAUACCUAAGAUUGGAAGUGAAUCUCAUGAUAAAACUCAUAUAUUAUUAUGUAGUAGAUCGAUGAAUUAGUAAUUUUUCAAUCGACACAAAACAUUUGAGGGUAGCUGAGAUAAUCGCCGCUUGCGUUUUAUGUAUGCGCCAAAAAUAAUAGCAUUGGCUUAUGUAAAUUUAAACACAGGCUCAGCAUAUCUACAAUUACAAUUAUGCAAACACCCUUGACAAACGCAAUCACUACGCUAUUUUAUGGAUUUAUUAUCAGUUGUUUUUCAGUCACCCAUAGAACCCAUCACAGAAAUAUUAUUUAAUAAUAUAUAUAAAAAUAUAUGCAUAAUAUAUAAUAUUCACAAGA